UCGAUUGUAUAAACCGCGUACCUUGCACGACGAUAAACUGACUCAUUUCGAAUAUCUAGAAGCUACCAGAAAAACCGGACGAUAACAAUAACACUGAUUCACACGCUGUCGCACCCUAACGAAUUAAUCGAAAUAUCGGGUACUAUUCUUCCCGAAGAAGUCGACCGCGAUUGUAAGAAGUUUUACCGCUGCACGAUUCGAAGUUCCACUUCGUGAAAUUGUUUAUAGAAAAUUUCGAUAUUCGUCAUCGAGACACAGUAUCGAUGUAGAAAUUUCAAACGAGGUGCUACUAAUUCUCAGUAUUUACGAUUCCGUCCAGGACCUCUCGUGAGUGAAGUUACAGUAGCCACUAUUAUUAGUAUCAAACGUGUAACGAACGGCCGAACAAUGCGACGACUGAGUAUUAUUAUUAUCGUACUAUUUUGCAACUGUUUUCAUAAAGAUUCUUCAGCAACCAAUCUUCAACCUACUAGCACACCAUCAGUACACCACUUAAAUUCAGGAGACAUGAUUACAAAUUGUUAUGUGGGGUUGGAGAUCUUUUGUUACACUGCUGAUAAAAAAUAUUUGAUGAACAUGUGGAAAAGCUUAACAAUACAUUUAGAUGCAAGUAUAGAUAACUUAGACCUUUACGAUGGGAAAACUCCUGACGAAGUGGUACAGAAGCAUCAUGACAAGCAGAGGUCCUGGGGUUUAAAUUUUUUUACUACGAAAAAGAAUGUCAAGUUAAAAUUCAGUCCAUUUGAAAACUUCUGCAUUGGUGUAGACAUGUACCGAUCCAAUUUGCUCACAUACACAUUAAGCGUAACUCAUGACAGUGUCGACAACAUCCAAGUAGCAUUAAUGGUGUUAGGAAUUGUAUUAUAUUGGAGUGCUCGUAAACUAAGUGAGAGCGCGUUAUUUUAUUAUUUCUGUGGCAUAAUGUUUGGACUCAUUACAUCGUUCAUGAUCUUAGUGUACUUCACUAGCAAGUUUCUGCUGAGGGGUAAAUUAAUGUACUUAAUGGUCGUCACUGGGUGGACAAUGAGCUUUUACCUGUUUCAUUUCCUAUGGGAAAAUGCCCAACUAAUUGCGCUACAAUACAGAGAGAUGAUCGUAUGGUACAUUUUAUCGGUAUCCGGCGUCAGUUUCAUAAUUUGCUAUUGGUUCGGUCCGGUUACGAAUCCCAGAACGAAAAAAAUUAUGCAAUGGUUCUUGCAGAUAGCAGGAUUGUGUGCCAUGUACUAUAGCAGUUACUUACGCGAAGCGUCCUUGCUUUGCUGCGUGAUAAACGUUCUCCUUUACAAUUUUGCUACUCCGUUAUUUCGAAAGGGACGGAAUUAUUGGAAGAGCAUGUUUCCCAUACGGAGAAAAUUAUUAACGGAAGUCGAGUACCGCAAAGAGGGAGUAAAGGAAACUAAGAAUGCGUUAACCAAAUUGAAAGAAUAUUGCUCUAGUCCCGAUUGUAAUCCGUGGAAAACUGUUCUGAGACUGAGAGAUCCGAUAAGGUUGUUAUCGACGCUUGGACAUAUCAUCGAGAAACUGCGACGAAUACUAACGCGCUUCAUUUUAGGUUCGCCAGAUUCAUGGAGGGCGAACCGCACGUGUCCGACAACGAGGUGCAGCAAUGCAUCGCCCAGAGAAGAGACCUAGAGAAUCCAUAUGAUCUCACGGAAGACGAGGACGACUUUUAACAGAAUCUGUAAAUAAGAACGGUUUAUUUAAUUGUAAAUAAGAACGGUGUAUUUAAUUGUAAUAGUAACGAACGAUCAGCGAGUGUAUUUUUUUAGCGUGAUUGCUGUGAGCCGACUGUACUAUAUUUAAAUAAAGUAACUGUUUGAGAUAA